AUCACAUUUACACAAGUUUUUCAAAUUUUCAAUCAAAGUUUCUGAACAAGUACUAGUUGCUAUACUGUUGUUGAUCAUAUAAAUUAAGAAGAAUAUGUCUGGGACAGAAGUUUCACUCGGUUUUGAAGGACGAGCUGUGGUGAGCAAGUUCUUGGCCAGGCCUCAGCAUGAAGGAGUUGGUGCCAUUGUUAGAAGAAGCAUUGGGAGGUUUGAUCUGGGAUACUUUGAUCCUUUUCUUGUUCUGGAUGAGUUCUCAGUUACAGCUCCUGCUGGUUUUCCUGAUCAUCCACACCGAGGGUUUGAGACAGUGACCUACAUGUUGCAGGGAGCCAUCACACAUGAAGAUUUUGAAGGGCACAAAGGGACGAUCGGAGCCGGCGAUGUGCAGUGGAUGACUGCAGGUAGAGGUAUCGUUCACUCGGAAAUGCCUGCAGCCCAAGGAACCCAAAAGGGUCUACAGUUGUGGAUAAACCUUUCCUCCAAACAUAAAAUGAUUGAGCCAAAAUACCAAGAAAUGGUGAGCAAGGACAUUGCAGAGGCUACAAAAGAUGGGAUCAAGGUUAGAGUGAUAGCAGGAGAAGCCUUGGGAACAAAGUCACCAAUUUACACAAGAACCCCAACCAUGUACUUGGACUUCACUCUCAAACCAGGAGCUCACCUUCAGCAACCAAUAUCAGUAUCAUGGAAUGCAUUUGUAUAUGUCUUGGAGGGGGAAGGUAUUUUUGGAACUUCAAAGUCUAUGCCAGUGGCAGGUCACCACCUUCUUGUUCUAGGAUCUGGGGAUGGAUUGGAGGCAUGGAACAAGUCUUCCAAGAACCUUAGGUUUAUAUUAGUUGGAGGCCAACCUUUGGGGGAGCCUGUAAAGCAACUUGGUCCCUUUGUGAUGAACACAGAUGAAGAGAUUGAUCAAACCAUUGAUGAUUUUGAAAAUUGUGUCAAUGGAUUUGAGAAGGCAACACACUGGAGAUCUGGAUCUGCACUGAACCUUGAUUUUUAGAUCUUGUUAAUUGUAUUAUUUGAGAGAUUAUCUAUUGAUUUAUUUUGGAAGAGGGAUUUAAAUGCUGUUAAACAAUAAGCAUGCAUGUACUGUUCAAACUUCAAAGUAUAUCUUCUUCUUUGUUGCUUAAAUUAAUCCACAAGAAACCCAGACAGUCAAAUUUGAUUAGCCAAAAACAAAAUUACAAUAGUCAAUGGCCUGUUAGCAAGUGGAAUUAUGGCACUCAGCUCUCCUAUAAAAGAUGGCAGCUGCAAUGUUUCAGAUACCACAGCUUCUCAAGAAAUGGCACAACUCAAGAACAAACUUGAAGACAAGGUGGCAAUAGUCACGGGUGGCGCCAGCGGCAUUGGUGAAGCCACCGCGCGCCACUUUGCAUUGUAUGGUGCACGCGCGGUGGUUAUCGCCGACGUCCAGGACCAGAAAGGUAAUGACGUCGCCGCUUCGAUAGGUCCUCACUGCACCUACGUCCGCUGCGACGUUACAGACGAGGAUCAAGUGAAGAGCCUGGUCGACUCAACUGUCCAGAUGCACGGCCGCCUGGACAUCAUGUUCAGCAACGCCGGAGUAUUCAGCUCGUCCGAGCAGACCGUGCUGGAGUUUGACUUAUCCAACUACGAGAAGCUCAUGGCGGUCAACGUACGUGGGAUGGCGGCGUGUCUGAAGCACGGGGCGAGGGCCAUGGUGGAAGGUAGAGUUAAGGGGAGCGUGAUAUGCACCGCGAGCGUUGCGGCCAAUACCGGAUUAGAGUAGUUCACAGAGUACAGCAUGUCGAAACACGCCAUUCUGGGUCUGAUCAGGUCGGCAAGUAUCCAGCUCGGCACGUAUGGGAUACGCGUUAACUGCGUCUCGCCGGGACCUGUUCAUACGCCACUCCUGAACUCGUUCCUUGCCUUCAACGCUGUGGAGAUAACCAAGUUAUCGGCGGCGUCAGGUGAUCGGCAUGAGAUUAUGUCGCCAGAUAAUGUGGCUAACGCAGUCGUGUUCUUGGCUUCUGACGAUUCUCAGUUUGUAUCCGGUC